UUAUAAUAGAGAAACAUGGCGAUUAUUAAUGCGACAAGUGGUGCAAAGAUGAGUGUUUUCACGUCUGUUAUUUGAUUCUUUAAAAUUAUUUUUGAUUAUAGACUAAUGUAAAAAAUCAAAUGUUACGUCGACGAAAAUUAACAUUGAAAUUCUUUUGCAUGACAAUGCGAAGGUGAAGUUGAUAGGCGUGAACUUCGCUAAAGUGAUCAAGUGAUUGAAUACUUUUCUCGUGUGCUUAAUCUUUUACUAAAGUGAAGAUUCACGCUAACAUGACACUGGUCACAAUGAAGGCACGCCAAGGCAAUCUUGAUGAUGACACAGACGAUAUUGAACGAAUGGAAGAAAAUAAAGAUUGGAAAAUACCAAUUGUUUUUAACAAACAUCGGCAUACUUCUACCAUUGAAGGCAUCAAUUGUAUUACUCAAUUUUGGAGAUUAAAAGAAAGAAUGAAAACCGUAAGUGUGGCCUUAGUUCUCUGCCUCAACGUGGGUGUUGAUCCUCCAGAUAUUGUAAAAACUCAACCAUGUGCACGGCUUGAAUGCUGGAUUGAUCCGCUAUCUGUGAGUCCACAAAAAGCUCUAGAGACAAUUGGGUCUAAUUUACAAAAACAAUACGAACGUUGGCAGCCUCGUGCUCGUUACAAGCAAAGCUUGGAUCCUACGGUUGAAGAAGUUAAGAAAUUAUGUACUUCAUUGCGCAGAAAUGCGAAAGAAGAGAGAGUUUUAUUUCAUUACAAUGGACAUGGAGUACCAAAACCAACAAGCAAUGGAGAAAUAUGGGUUUUUAAUAGAACAUAUACGCAAUACAUUCCACUAUCGGUUUAUGAUCUUCAAACUUGGAUGGGCGCACCAAGUAUUUAUGUUUAUGAUUGCUCAAAUGCCGGCAUCAUUGUCGAAUCAUUCCAACAGUUUGCUGAACAACAUGAGAAAGAGUAUGAAAAUGAUAAAUCAGCUGUUCAACAAAAUCGAGCGACUGGAGUACAAAUGCCUUCUUAUAAAAAUUGUAUUCAACUCGCAGCUUGUGCUAUUAAUCAAAUUUUGCCGAUGAAUCCAGAUCUACCAGCUGAUGUAUUUACUUCUUGCCUCACUACGCCAAUUAAAAUUGCCUUACGAUGGUUCGCCAUGCAAAACACAUCCAAGUUAGUCCCCGAAGUGACCUUGGAUGUUAUUGAUAAAAUUCCUGGACAAUUGACUGACAGACGUACAAUGUUAGGUGAAUUAAACUGGAUAUUCACAGCAAUAACUGAUACAAUCGCAUGGAAUACAUUACCUCGUGAUUUGUUUCAGCGAUUGUUUCGACAAGAUUUACUUGUAGCAAGUUUAUUUAGAAAUUUUUUACUUGCUGAACGAAUCCUUCGUUCAUAUGACUGCACACCAGUUUCGUGCCCCAAGUUACCCCCGACGUAUCAGCAUCCAAUGUGGCAAGCAUGGGAUUUAGCAUUAGAUUUGUGUCUUUCCCAACUUCCAAUAGUUGUUAAUGCUGAAGACAAAUUUGAGCAUUCGCCUUUUUUCGAAGAACAACUGACUGCCUUUCAAGUAUGGUUAACACUAGGAUCUAAGAAUCGAGAUCCACCAGAACAAUUGCCAAUUGUUUUACAAGUUUUAUUAAGUCAAGUUCAUCGAUUACGAGCUCUGGAGCUUCUUGGGAAAUUUUUAGAUCUCGGUCCUUGGGCUGUUAAUUUAGCUUUAAGCGUUGGAAUAUUUCCAUAUGUUUUGAAACUGCUUCAAAGUAAUGCUAGAGAGCUUAGACCACUUUUGGUAUUUAUCUGGGCUAAAAUUCUCGCUGUAGAUAAUUCAUGUCAAGCAGAUUUAAUUCGUGAUAAUGGACAUAAGUACUUCUUAUCAGUUCUUCAAGACGUCACAAUUGCAAGUGAACAUCGCACUUUAGCGACUUUUGUUCUUGCUUGCAUUGUAAAUAACUAUCCUGCGGGACAAGAAGCUGCUCUUCAAGGAAGCCUAGUAUCUAUUUGUCUUGAACAAUUAAAUGAUCCCAAUCCUCAAUUACGUCAAUGGCUUUGUUUAUGUCUUGGAAGACUUUGGCAUAAUUAUGAUAAAGCACGAUGGUGUGGAGUCCGUGACAUUGCUCAUGAAAAACUUGCGAGUCUGCUUCAAGAUCCGGUACCUGAAGUAAGAACUGCCAGUGUAUAUGCCCUUGGAACUUUUAUAAAUAGUGUAACUAAACGAAGUGAACAUGCUAAUAAUAUUGAUCAAAUAAUUGCAAUGACGUUAAUUAAUACUGUCACUCAUGAUAUGUCACCGCUGGUGAGGAAAGAACUGGUUGUUGCAUUGCAAUGGAUGGUUUUACAUUUUGAAAAUUCAUUUGUGACGCUUGCACUUGCUGAAGAAAAUUCUCGCAAAGAUCUAGUUGUUGAGACAUUUUUCCCAUUCAGUGGAAUGCGACGAAUUGGAUCCAGAGACAGAUUAAAGAUGAUGCCAUCUAAUAAUACUCAUGGUUACGAUUGCACAGAUAGUAUGGGCCAGGAUAGAAUAAAAAGAGUAUCUUCAUCAUCUUCAAUUAGUAGUUUAGGAAAUAAUUGGGAAUUCGUAAGGAAGCCUUGCGAGUCUCUUGGUCAUAGUUCGCUUGGGAAUGUACCUGGUGUAUCAUACGGAAGUGUUUACAUGAAGUUAUGGCAUGGUCUUGCAUCGCUGGACAACGACCCUCAUCCGGGUGUAGCUGGAAUGUCUCAAAAGGUGACAAAUCAUAUACGUAAUCAAGUGAAAGAAUCUUCAACGCCGAAAGAAGUUGCUGAUACAAAACUUGCAUCAUCUUUAUCACUUCCUCCUUCACCAUCAAAUCGAACCAGUUAUUUAAAUAAGGAGUCUCCACCUACAACUAACUCGACAUCUGAAUUAUUAAGAGCAAGAGUUCCACCUUACCCAAAUCGUGUAAGAAAACCAAUCCCAAAUACAAUAUCGGAGGAGACUGACGAUACUUCUGGGAUAAGAAAGCCACUGAUAACAUCUCAGUUUGUUGAAUGGAGCUGUGCUCAGUUUGCUCAACCCGUCAGUUUUGACAAUGAGACAGAGUCCACAAGUGAUAUGGAGAGCAGGGCACAUUAUGAACGCGAAUGGAGAUAUCUAAGAAAUAAAAGGCAACGACGGGAGGCAAGAGAGGAGCAACAAAAGGCUCACGUAUCACGAAUAGAAUCCCAAGUGUUUCAUAGCCGAUGUCCUCAACAGCCUGAAGUGUUGUUAUUUCAUCCGUUUGAUCCACAUUUAGCUGUGGCCUCUAAAGACAAUUUCGGGAUAUGGGACUGGCAGUCAAGCACUAAAUUGAUGUAUCAUUCUACGCGUGGAAAUAAAAUAGGCACGAAAAUUACAUCGUUAGAAUUUAUAAAUUCUCAUGAUGUCUCUUUGUUGAUGACAGGAUCAGAUGAUGGUGCAGUGAGAAUUUGGAAAAAUUAUUGUAAUAUGUUAGGACGUGAGCCAACACUUUUAACAGCUUGGCAAGCUCUUGGAGAUGUACAGCCUGCCACAAAAGCUUCUACGGCAUCUGCAGGUCUUGUUACCUCUUGGGAACAACGUUCUUUAACUUUAGCAGCUACUGGAGAUGUACGAAUUGUUCGAUUAUGGGAUGCAGAAACUGAAUUAAAAAAACAAGAUAUUCUUACUGGUGCUGAUUGUUGUGUUACUUCUAUUGACACGGAUGGAACAGGUGCCAUGAUGGCCUUGGGUUGUGGAGAUGGUUCAGUAAGGCUUUUCGAUCGCCGAUUACCACCUGCUGAAGCGAAAAUAAUGACCUGGCGGGAACACAAUGCAUGGAUCCUUGGUGCUUACCUCUCAAAAUUCAAUGACCCGCAAUCGGCGUGUUUGAUCACAGGCUCUUCUAGUGGCGAUGUUAGAAUAUUUGAUCUCAGGAAAAAUACUUCUGUGAAUGUCAUACAAAUAACCCAUGGACUGACAGCUUUUACAGUGCACCCAACAGCAAAUAUUUUUGCAUGCGGCUCAAGUCAUCACUGUAUUAGUGUUUAUAAUACAACAUCAGGUCAACUCUUGAAUACAAUUAAGUUUCAUGAAGGAUUUAUGAGCUCACGAAUAAGUCCUGUCGGAUGCUUGAACUUUCAUCCGUAUCGUGUGGUGCUUGCUGCUGGAUGUAUUGAUAACUCCAUUACUGCUUAUGCCGCUGAACCACGUAGAUGACCGUCAGAGAUAGAAAUUCUUCAUGGCGCGUACGUAUUUUAAUACCAAAAACAUGAAUUACGUAAUUACAAUAAUUAAAAUAUUAUUGAAGGAAAUAAAAAUUACUACAAAAUAGAAAUAAAAAUAUUUUAGAAUUAAUAAUCAAGUCAUCGUGUAUUUCAAGUCACAGAGUAAUGUUAUUGUCUAGUAAGCAAACCAAGCGGAAAUAAUUUAUAGCACAGCAUAACGUGAUAAAUGAAUUAGAAGAUGAUUGUACAUAAAGAUUGAUAAAUUAAAUAUUCAAAUGCUUGAAACGCUAUAUCAAUAUAAUAUACGAUAAUAAGUCAUGAAUGUACAUAGUUAACAAAAAAGUAUACUUAAUAGUCCUUAAUACGGUGGAAUGCUUCUUUUUUUGCAAAUAAUGUCAAUUUAGGUUAAGAGUUUUACAAAGUCUGCUAAAAACUGUCUCUAUGAAAUUCUAUACUGAAGUCGUUUCAUAGUAAUCGACUACGUGUCUUGCUUUCUCUUGUAUGGCACAAUGACAAAAAUUUGUUAUUAAAAUUUUUGUUAAAGGGCGGAAGAAAAACGUACAAUACAUGACUUUAAUACAGACGAUUAUCAUCUACGAUGAUGAUGAUGAUGAUUCAUUCAUCUUGCCGCCUUUGUACAUAUUUGUUUAAUGAUAUUAAUUAAUAAAAUUUUAAAAAUACAUCAUGUCAAUAACUAACAUUCUUUCGUUUUAAUAACAUGAAAAUGUAAUUAAUUUUUUUUAUUAAUAAAUACAAAUUGCCAUUGUA